CGAAGAUUCAAAUAUUAUCGAUCAAAAAUUGGAUUCUUACGAAUCGAAAUACAAGAUGGAACAAAAAGAAAAAGGCGACGAACCUAAAGAUACUUCGCCUUCCGAACAGAAAUUUAUUACCGACACCUUACAAAAAGAACGAACAGGUGAAUUCGCUAUUACAUCGAAAAAGACAAGUUAUUUUCAAAACAAUCACGCUCCAUACGGUAGCAAAAUUCCACUGUAAUUCUAUUUUUAUUUAAGAGGAAAAGUUAAUCUGCUUAUGGCUCGACCGUUGAGUGAGGCUUCUUUAAUUUAAUUAUGCGUAACAGUAUCAACAAACGUUCGACGUAGCUAUGACGAACCUUGUUUAGUUUGAUUCGAACCACUACUGGAAGCAGUAUCUUUAAAACUUAUCUUCUUUUGAGUAUCACCCUACCGCAAUUUGACACAUUUUCAGGUUUUUUUAAGUUCUUUAGUAAUUUGCACUUAAGAUCUGCGCGCUAAAUCUAAAAAAGACGAAGAAAGAAACUUAUUGCCGAGAGUCGCUUCUCGUCAUGGAAGAAUCAGGCGACAAACAGGAGGAAAAUUGUACGUUUGAAUCUGCGAACCAGAAGGGAUUAUCCAUCGAUAAGAUCGUAGCCGGUACAGAUUCUUUAGAUCCUAAUCGAGUCAACGAUCGCUCAGAGACGGGGAAAAAUGCAGAAAAGAUCGUAGAAUGUUCGCGGAUGGUCGAUGGAAACUCGAGUCCUUCGAAAUCGAAAGAAAGUGUUACAGGCGCGAAAGUAAAGCGUAAAUUGAGAUCGACGCGUAGAAAACUGAACGCUAUGAUUAACAAUACGUCGUUACAUUUCUCCGACACCGAUUCCGAAGGAGAGUUAACGUCCAUUAAUUCUCAAAUCAGAUCAUUGAGUUAUACGGCGGAUGAACAACAAGGACCGAUUAUUUCUGUAACGUCGGACGACGUGGAGGCCGAAGGCUCCAAGCUUUUGUCACCCGAUGAUAAAGGCUCGUCUCAGCCGAAUAAUUUCAUCGAAGACCUUACGGACGUUGACGAAAUUUAUGCCAGCGAGCCAGAAAACGAGCGAAAGGAGGAUCGGAAUAACCUUAAGGUUGGCAAAACUCCGUGUCAAGGUGAUACGGAUCUCGAGGAUUUCGAAGGCGAAGACGAAGUACACUCGAUGAUUUACGUGAAACCGAGGUGCGAUAUAUUUUGCGACUAUAGCGGAGAAACGAUAACGACGAAGGAAGGUGACGGACCGUUUUCCGUAGAAGUGCGAAAUAAAAUGUAUCGGGAAGAAGAGCCGCGAAACGGCUUGGGCAGUAGCAUGCCGGAUAUCGUGGUUAUGUCGAAUACCGACGAGGAAGAUAUGGAUAUAUCCGAGGAGGAAGAUAUGCAAGAAGCCUGUUGCAGUCAUAAAGAAUUGCUCGAGGAUUUGGACGUUCUGGCAGCGUCUCAAGUUAUUAUGAGAAAUAUCAAUAAAAUGGAGAACACGUUAACUGUGAAAGAUAUUGGUGACGACGCGAUCAGCGAUUGUCAUACGGACAUCGAAGAAGUCGAUCCGAAUGAAUAAAUUAAUUCGAAAUGCGUCGAUGGUAAGGACACGAAUAUAGAAAAUACGCUUUCUAGCGAGAAAUAUUGUGCUAUUUAGACUCUGAUGAAAAUCUCAUACAUAUUAAAUCUAGUUUGACCAAUUAUGUAUCGAAUGUAUUGCAAGAACGCACUGCAUAUUGUCCCUUGUGUUAUCCACUCUUUGCUCGUUAUAAUAUUGCUAUAUAUGUUAUACAAUUACGAAACAUAUACAGUAAAUAUCAUACGACUCGACAUCAUGUUAAACAUAAUGUUUAUCGAGGAAUUCAGAAUAUUCUACGAAUUACAAUGGAUUACUUGUCACUGACCGUGAGGUAGGACUCUCCAAGAAAUCGUUGGAAUAAUCAUAUCGAUUAUAUACCUUUGUUCGGAGUAGAAUCAAAUAUUAUUACAUUUUGUCCGACAAAUGGACUUAUUUCGUAACGCAUAUUAAAUUAAAAAUACGAAUAAUAUAAAAUUUAAAUCAAAUGAGAGAAUAUAUGUAGGAUUGUGUUAAUCUUUCGCUUAUAUAUAUUUUGAUAUCGUUUAUAAUUAUUUAAUUACAUAUAUCAUGUCUUUCGUUGAUUUCUGUAGAACAAAGUAACAAACGGAAACGAGAAAUGUUAUAUUACUUAUUAAAAUAUUCGAAACUUAAUUAAUUGUAAUUGAUCUACGAUGAGUUGAAUAUAGAGUAAAGUCUUAUUUCGUAUAUUUACAAAGUAGCUGCAUCAUGUAAGCUUACUCUUAAUCGUUAUUUUUACUUUCGAGCUAUAAAAAUACGUCUUUUAUUAUAAUGUUGAAUAUGUUGGUUUAAAAGAAAAGAAGAAUGUUGUACUAUAAAAAAAAAAAAAAAAAAUA